CCCGCUUGCGGCGCAGCCCCGCGCGCGCCUCCCGGCCCCCUCCCCCUCGCUAGCGGCUGGAGCUGAGGGCGCGCUGGGCCGGAGCCGCCGCCGGAGGAGCCGGAGCCUCGGGACGCGGAGCUGCACGGAGGCGGUGAAGUCGGUGUUUCUCUCUCUCUCGCACGGAGUAACAGCUCUUCGAGUCUGCAAUAAAAAAUGGCCUCCAAUAAAACUACAUUGCAAAAAAUGGGAAAGAAACAGAAUGGAAAGAGUAAAAAAGUUGAAGAGGCAGAGCCUGAAGAAUUUGUAGUGGAAAAAGUAUUGGACCGACGUGUAGUGAAUGGGAAGGUGGAGUAUUUCCUGAAGUGGAAAGGAUUCACAGAUGCUGACAAUACUUGGGAGCCUGAAGAAAAUUUAGAUUGUCCAGAGUUAAUUGAAGCAUUUCUUAAUUCUCAAAAAGCUGGUAAAGAAAAAGAUGGUACAAAAAGAAAGUCUUUAUCUGACAGUGAAUCUGAUGAUAGCAAAUCAAAGAAGAAAAGAGAUGCUGCUGAUAAACCAAGAGGCUUUGCCAGAGGUCUUGAUCCUGAACGAAUAAUUGGUGCCACGGACAGCAGUGGGGAAUUAAUGUUCCUCAUGAAGUGGAAAGAUUCCGACGAGGCAGAUUUGGUGUUGGCAAAAGAGGCAAAUAUGAAGUGUCCUCAAAUUGUAAUUGCUUUCUAUGAAGAAAGACUAACUUGGCAUUCUUGUCCAGAAGAUGAAGCCCAAUAAUUGUUUGCAUUGUUUUUUAUAUAUAUUUAUACAUAUAUAUAAAAUCUGGGUCUUGGUUCUUCUGAUUUAUUAGUGUGAAGAAAGAACUACAUUAUAAUGAAAAUCAAGUUUGAUAUGUUUGUUUUGAAGUAGUGCUGGGGAGUUGUUUGGGGGGUUGCAUCUGUAGCACUGGUUACUUUGAACAAAAGCUUUCUGUAGUUGCUUCCUUUGUCAGAAAAGAACGUUGGAUAUCAUGUUGUUGUAUUUUUUCCUCUGCGUUAGAGAAGUCUCUCUAAAUGUUGGGGGAAAUCUGCAUAGUCAUUACUCAGUCAGAAUUUGUAUGUGCCUAAGGAUCAUUGUGGGGUUUUUGUUUAUUGGAGGGAGAGGGAGGGAAGGUGUGUAUACAUAUGUAAAUGGUUUUCUUUAUUCUUUUUGUUUUGUUUUUUUACCAAAACACCAUUUCACAACCAUAGAUAAGUUCAUGUUUCUGAGCUGCCAUCAUUUUCAGCAACCUAAGGAAAAAAUUAUUUGAAGUUAAAUUAAAAUUUUUCCUGAAGCUUUUAACCUUUGAAAUUAGAUAAUUUGUGAUUAAUUGGGAGUUAUAUAUAUAAGGUAAGCAGUUUAAAUUGGACAAUUUAAAGUAGACAUAUCAGAAUCCAUAUAUACAAUCAUAAAUACAAGUUUAUUUGCAAAACCCCUAAGAGGAAAAUUUUAUCACUGCCAAUAACCUCACCCAAAUGAGAAAACUAGGCAAACCCUGAUGUGUUCUAAUUAAGUAAGCAACACUUAUUUAAAGGUUUUACCUCGUAAAAUAUUCCUUUACAAGAAGUUGAAAUCCCUGUGCUAUAUUGCUAAAAGUUAAGGUCAUGGAAAGUGUAAGACUAUUCAUGGAUACCUAAUCAGACUGUUAGAGACCUUGGCAGUUUAGGGCCUGCUGGAAUAAAUGGGUGAACAAACUUUGUAAUCUAAACUAUUGGUCUGCAUGUUUUCUCUUUACUCCAACUCAGUCUUUACAUGUAGGCUUGGUCUCAGUAUUGGGGGUACUGGUUCAACAAAAACCAGGAAAAACAAUAGCUUUGUAGUAAACAGAAUGUUACCAACCAACUGUAUAUUGUUUACUUUAUUGUAAAUACUGGUAAACAGUGGUUAAUAAAUAGUUUUAUAUUC